AUGGACGGGGGAACUACUGUAACUAUAACAGUCGCCGACAGAUUACCCAAUGAGCAAGGCCGAUCAACAAAUCACAUUGAAGAAACACAGAUGAGUACAAUUAAAUCAGUUAAUAAGGUUAUUAAGGGCAAAGCAGCCAUGGCCUGGGAAGCUGGGAAGCCCCUCUGCAUUGAAGAAGUUGAAGUAGUUCCCCUCAAGUCUCUAGAAGUUCGAGUUCAGAUAAUCACCAGUGACCUGUGCCAUAGUUCCCAUCCUACCGAUGCUAAAUUUAAGGAGAGUGUUUUCACAGUGAUCAUUGGCCAGGAAGGUGCAGGAAUUGCAGAAACUAUUGGGCCAGGAGUAAUCAACCUCAAACCAGGUGACAAGGUAAUCCCACUCUACCUACCUCAAUCUAGAAAAUGCAAGUUUUGUCUAAGUCUACUCAUCAAUGUUUGUGAAAAACUCAGUGAAGUCAAAAAUCCUGUUGCUGAUCAGGAACUAAUGCAAGACAAACCCAGUAGGUUUACCUGCAAGGGAAAACCAAUUUACCAUUUUAUGGGGUUCAGUACCUUCUCUGAGUACACUGUGGUGUCAGAUACUGAUCUUGCCAAAAUAGAUGACGAUGCAAAUUUAGAGAGACUUUGUUUGUCUGGAUGUGGGUUUUCAACCAGCUACAAUCAACACUGCCAAGAUAACUUGGAAUUGCCACCUGAUACGUGGACUGGAACAGCUUCUGGGUAUCCCAAUUCAGCCAACAGGAAAGACUCUGAAAGAGGGGGGCAGGACUCUCAGGGAGGCCAUGGUUCUGAGGGUUGUGGUCCCAAAUCUGUAAGAAAGCUUGAUAGCAUGCAUCCUUUACAUCAAGUCCCAGCCAGAGAUGCCAGAAUGGUCUGGGUUCAACAGCCCUUUGCAGCCAGUUAUCUCUAUAACUGGAAAAACAACAGCCCCAGAUAUAGAGAAAACCCUAAGCAGAUACAAGAUCUUUUUGCCUCCAUCUUCCUCACUCGCAGCUCCACUUGGGCUGAAUGCCAGGUGCUGUGUGAUGUGCUUUUCACCCCAGAAGAGUACCAUAUGGUGUUUGAAAAAGCUUGGACUGAGAGAUACCUUUCCUCACAGGCUACACUUAGUGACGAUCCAGGUUAUAAUCAAGGACCUGGAGUUCCUGGCAACAGGAAGAGUAUAGAUUCUGUCCCAAAGCUGGUUACUGACUGCAAAAAUAAAUUCGAUCUGGGUGCAUUGGUGACCCAUACAUUGUCUUUUGACAAAAUCAAUGAGGCCUUUGACCUAAGGUACCAAGGAAAAAGCAUCCGGACAGUCCUGAUGUUUUGA